AAAAGUUAAACACACCUCACUAAUUACAUCCCAACUUUCCUAAAUUCUCAUUUUUAAAAUUCCCUUCAUUAACUUGUUUCCAAUUUAUUGGAGUAAAAGAAAAAAGUUAUAUAAAUAUGGAUGCUUAUAAAAUCUUCUUCUUCCUUCUUAUUUCUUGUUACACAAUCGCAAUCGUUGCGGCGCAAGACGUGACCGGUUUCGUGAACUCAAUAGAUCCUAAUUUUUUUAAAAAGAGACAAAAUGCUAGCCACUUUAGGUUUUAUUGGCAAGACAUAGUGGGAGGAGACAAUGCUACUUCAUUUGAUAUCAUUUCAUCAAUUCCUAAAUAUAAUGGAACUAGUUUCUUUGGUUUGGUGAAAAUCAUAGACAACCCUUUAACCUUAGGACCUCAAUUAAGCUCAAAAUUGGUGGGAAGGGCUCAAGGGAUAUAUGCAUCAACCUCAACAACCGAGCUUAAUUUUCUUAUGAUUAUGAAUUUUGCCUUAUUUGAAGGGAAAUAUAAUGGAAGCACAAUUACUAUAUUGGGAAGAAAUGUUGCUAAUAAUAAGGUUAGAGAAAUGCCCAUAAUUGGUGGAAGUGGUGUUUUUAGGUUUGCUAAGGGAUUUGCUGAAGCUAGCACUUACUCUUUUGAUCCCAAUACAGGGGAUGCUACAAUUGAGUACAAUGUUUAUGUUUCUCAUAAUUGAUAUCUUAUAUGAUUUAUCAUUGAAUAAGAAACACACUUUGUUUUAGUGUGUGAUAUUUGGAUCCUCUACAAUUGAUGAUAUGAUGCAUCAACUUUGUAGAUCAUUAAAUUUAGCGAGAGAAAAUUUCUCUCACUUAAUUUAAUGAUAUGUGCAUUUGUUGUCUCAAUCAAUAGUGGUAGAUGAUCUAAAUCAUAGUGAGUGUGAGUGUUAAUUUUUAAUUUCUUAGUUUCCUAUUGUAGCACCGUCAUUCACUUGUGAUGAUGUUCAGCUUUGCUUGUUUUUCAUGUGGGGGUUGGGUUGGGUUGAGUUUAUAAACUCAAAGACUAGCGUAUUUGUGAUUGGUAUCAUCAUUAUUUGAAUAAUAUUUUAUAGUAUUACAAAAAAUUUA